AACACUUAUUGGAAAUAAAUAAAAAUAAUAUUCAUCAUUUAUAUAUAAGUUCACAAAUGUUGCAUUUUCAUUACCUGUGUCAUCAUGAGGUAGACAUGCCUAACACAUUGAAAAUGCUUCAUCAUAAUUAAUCUAGAUCUGUGAUUCUGCAUUGCAGUAAAUGCAAUUAAGAUAAUAGUAUUCAUCGACCAAAUAAACUGAGGUACACAUGUAAGAUUAAUUUUUCAUCGUGCACCGUCUCAUGACCAUAAUGGGGAUUUUUACAGCCUGUCGGAUCGCGCCCUGCAGCUAUUUUCAGUUUGAAAAUUGGUCAUAUAUGUUUUCGUCAGAGAGCUUUGAUAAAUAGGUCAAUAUGAUAUUGUAGAUAUUAUGAGGAAGUUUUUUUUUAAUAAGUGUCAUAUAGGAGGAAAAUUCUUUUUUCUCAAACCUUUCGUGUAUUGAUCCGGAUAUCAUAAUUUUUUGCCUAUUCCAAAAUAUGUUUGCUCUCAGGAUGCUUACUCAUAUCAUAAUAAGAUUUUAUGAUCUUAGACUUAUGAAAUUGCAUGUUUUAAAAUAUACAAUUUUAAAAGUGGACAUCUCGUUCAUCUGAUGUUCCCGACGUCAUGGGAAUUGACGCAGGUUCGAGUUCUGCCAUCAAUUACUAAGCCUACAGACACGACAAUUCCCAGCACGUUUUAUCCAUCAGAGAAACACUUUCUUAAACUUUGAUAUAUAAAUGGACAUUUCACCUUUAUAGGAUUUUUCCAUAACGUAAAUGUAGAAAGUAAAUAUAGUUCUACUUAAAUGAUUUGUGGUGUACAUUAAAUAGUAUCGGGUACAUUAUUACUAUGAUGGACGGUUAUACAUUAUUGUGAUGUUGCAUAUACAUGUAAGUAUUCCAAUACUUAUGUUUUUUAAAACCAUUCCUGUAUAGUAUUUUACCUACCGUCGAGUAGUGGGAGUUAUUGGUAUCAAGAAUAAUAUUCUAGUUCACUUCGUUGUUACGCACCUUGAUUUCCAUGACAACGGACCAAAAUCUGUUUGGGAAAUAUUGGUUUUGAGCAAUUUUGAAUCUCCAGAGUGAGUUUUGCAAUACCUCAAAAAUACCUAUGACUAUUGAUUCUUAAUGCCCAAGACUUGAUCUCGCAAACGAUAUCAUUAAACUUGAGAAGAUAUCCAAUUUCAGGUGUUACGAUAGAAAUAAAUUGACAAAAAAAUUUAAAAAGGACAAAAAUCAUUGAAAAAGCAUCAAUUUACUCAUGCAUAUUAAAUAUUCCGUUGAAAGAUAUUUUAUUACAACUAGAUUCAAAUAUGAGAUAAUUGUCUAACUUGGUUGUAAAAUUUUGAUGUAAUUGACAUGUCAGCAGGAAAUAAUUUUUGGAUUUCAUAGAAAACUACAUUUCCACUGUGAUUUUUACUGCAACAGAUAGCAACAAUAACUUGAUGUCAAUGGCGAUCGGAAUAAAAGCUUUAACAUUGUUAUAAUUUAAGGAGCCGUCAUUCAUUUUUUUUUUAGAAAUUUUCACUUACAUAUAUAUGUUUCAAUAUUAAGUUCUUUUCCAAAUCCAACUUUCUGUUUAUUGAUGACAAGAUUUUUUUUUAGCCAAUUUCUAAACCAUUAUUGCUCCAUCAUUUGAAUCUAAUCCAUAUAGUGCCCCCUGCCAAUAUUAUUUUAAAAAAUGAAUUUGCACUACCUACCUAAGGAUGCCUGCCUAUAAACAUGACUAUUCAUUCUUACAAGUGUAGAAGAGACCACAGAAAAAACCCGAAAUACUCUCUAACGUGGACCUCGGAGUGAAAACAGAAAUACGACCGACCUAGAAACACCUGGAGGCAUACCAUUGAGAAAGAAAGGGGAUAUCAUGGAUGGAAUAAUCGAAGAAAGCUUGAACUUGUUGCCAGCAUCAGGGGUAAGGGACAAAAAUUGCUAUGCGGUCUCCGUGACACGGACAGGAUAAGCAUGUAUAGAUAACAUUGCACGCUAUUAUAAUAUUUAGUCAAAUCAUUGAUUUGACAAAUUGUAACCUUGUGUUUUUUCAGAAGAGUUUUAGGGGAUUUUCUGUUAUAGCCUUUUGUAGACUUUGAAAUUACUCCUUUUGUGACACCGCCAUGGUGUUGAAUGUCCAUGUUGUGAAGAAGCUUGAAUCUACACUAUAUAACGAUACUUGUAUAUUAUUUUCACUAUUCGAAGCCCUGUGGUUCAUUAGAAAAUAGUAAAUAGUUCCCUAUGUAAAACUUUCUCGUGACCCCACUUUCAUCCUGGGUGGCAUGGAUUGAACAGAUUGAAUCUUCACUAUGUAAGGAUGCUUGCAUUAUAAUUUGAAAAUAUUGUCCCUUAUGGUUCUUGAGAGGAAGACUUUAAAAACAUUUCAGAUUCCUAUUGUAGUUCCGCCAUGGGUAACGGUUUUGAACCAAUUUAUGUCCAUUUGACAAGUAGUGGUAUUGUGGUUCUGAAGAAGAUCAUUUUAAAGAUUAGUUUACUAUGUAUUGCGGGUCAUAUUUUAUACCCCUACCAUCGUCCCACCUUGGUCCAGAAGUCACGGUUGAAUAGACAUGAAACUUCACUAGAUUUAAAUCUUCUUUACCCAAGGGUACUUUCUGUCAAGUUUGGUUGAAAUUGGUGCAAUGUUUCUUGAGAAGAAGUAGAAAAGGGGAAAAGUUAACGAAAAGAAUAUCGCAGACGACAAUGACAGACAAUGGACAAAUUUUGAUUAGAAAAUUCAAUAGAGCUUCGGCUUUUAUGAGCUAAAUUCUGGAAAAUGAGGAAAGAUUAUGCGUAAUAAAAUGUUUGAAGCAAAUUUUGCUAUGGAAAAUAGUGAGAGAUAAUUCAAUGCUUAAAUUCUAUAUUAGAUUUAUCUUCAUGGAAACGUCAUUAUUGAAAGUAUUUACUAUUUUUUCGUAGUUUUUCUUUUUCUUUUUUAUAAUUAGUUAUUCUAUACAUCUAUAUGGAUAAUCAAAGUCGCAUUUGAGGUCAAAAUACUAGUAUUAAAAAUAAAUCUUAUGUAUUCCUCUCAUAAGUUCUAGUUUUAUAAAUCCUAUUUAGAUCCACAAUAUAGAUAGAGUGCAUAUAGCCAAGCUUUGGCAUAUAUUCGCUACUUACAAGACGGAUACAGAUACAGACAUUUUUAUUUGUAAAUUGAUCAGUGUGACGUGAGAUAUCUCAAACAACACUCCAUGGUAUCCAGUUGACACUCUCUCCUGGGAAUUCCAAAGUUUUGAGGGGGUGUUUAUAAAAAGGUUGAACAAUAACAAUUAAUCGGUAGUAAAUGGCAUUCAUUAGUUCUAGAAAUCUACGCAGAUGUCCAAAAUGCUAAAAUAAAAGUUAGAUCUUUUAUUAAGGUACCGACGCUAUUGUUACAAAGAUGCUUGUAUAUGAAUAUUGGUUAUUCUAACAUCUGAGAAUAAAAAUGAAACAAAUAAAGCUUUAAGAAUUCUGUGAACUGCUCUACAAAAUGAAAAAUAAUUGAAAUUACAUUGUAACAUGUCCUUUUUAAAAAUCUUUUAAUUUGCUGUCAUGGUAACACCCAUAUUCCCCAUAUAGUUUCUGUUCUGUUGGAUUACCUAGACUCUGUGGGAAAGAUGGCUUUUCGUUUGCUGCAAAAUGUCAUGCUUCAAAGUAGCUGAAAAAGAUUCUCCCUUUUUAAAGACUUGUCGACCUGUUGCCAUAACCACGGCGCAUAUAACAAUCGUGGUGUGAUAAACUCUUAAUUGUUACUCACAUUAGUUUGAAAGAAAAAAACCUGAAAAUGUAUGCUAAAACGUUUAGAAUGGGUAUUUAAAAAAUAACGAUCCAAAUUUUGUGUCUAUGAGCGCAAUUAUUUGUGUAAACUUUUUUUUCCAGUAAAAUUGACCAUACCAUCCCAGCAGGCAUAAAUUUUGCAAAGUUGAAAAUAAGUGGAAUUAUGGAUGAAAAUUUGAAUAACCAUAUUUCAAUGUUAAAUAAACGUUGAAAUAUCAAACAAUUUUCAUCACAAUGUCAGAAUGUUGAUUUUCAAAACCAACCUAAAUUUUGGUGCUAUUAAAAGUUGAAAAUUUAUUAAGAAUCAAAGUUCAUAAGCCUUCUGAGUUAUGCAUAUUCUCUUUAGAGAACCUACAGGCUAAAGAAAAUAGGUUACCGCCACACUAUGAUGCUGAAGUAAACUUUACUGAGUGAUGCCAUAUUGAAUUGAUAUUUUAGCACGAGCAAAAUGCUUAAUUGCUUUCAUAAUUGUUCUUAUUAAUUUCCAUUAGACUGGUGGUAAUGAUUUUGUUUCCGUAAUAAUAUUGCAAGGAAACUCGCAGGUAAACAAUUCUCUUUUCUUUUUAUUUAUUUAUUUUUUUUUUACAUUUGUAUCAGAUUUAGUUGAAUUAAAAUCAUCAAACCAAUGCUUUAACCUAACUUUUACCUUUCAAUUUGGUCAUUCGCAUGGGAAAUCGCAACAUUAAAUGUGGUACGUAGUAUAUUUGUAUAAAAGAAAAAAGAAAAAGAUCAGCUAUCAUUAUGUUUUUAUUUUCUAAGUUUCCAAUGACAUCACUGAAAGAAAUGGACCGAGAACAGAUCCUUGAAUAACGGCUGAAGCCAUGCUUUCAUUCCCAGAUGAACAGCUCUCCCAUGCAUUUUCCCUACCCAACCUAGACGUUUACCUCUUACCGAUACCCCACAUUGUUUAGGUUAUAUUGUAUAUGAACCGUGUAGUCAGGCCACUAUGUCAUGCUUUACAAAAUGCUUUCGCUGAAUUGCAAAUCCUAUUGACUAAGUAAGAAAGAGGUGAGUCGCCUGGCUUGAACCAGAUUGGUCCUUUGAUUGAGAGAAGGAUAGUGUCCUAUGAAUAAUUAUAGAAAAGUAAUAAAAUAUUUUCCAUAAUUUUGCAUAGAGUUCACCCAAGGAAAUUGUGCAAUAAGGUGAAGGGUCUUCUGGUUCGAAGAAAAUUAGAAGACAGGACCGUUUCAUAAGUCUUUAUACAUAUUAAAAACAAUGGACUUGUUUACAGUUAUAUAUUUCUUGUACCCUAUAUACCAUAGUAUAUUCAUGGUUUGAGUAAAUAAAAGGAACUGAACUAGAUAUUAUAGUUAUUUCAAGAUUUGUGGGCAGACAUAGUAUUUACAUUUUAGUUGAUUAAUGGUGUUUUGAGUAUACACAAUGGUAUAGUUCAAUGUUUUGCCAGCAAUAAAUCUAUAUGCUGUUUCAGUAUGUUUUCUUUCACGAUAAAAGCACUGGUCUUUUAACUUGAAAUGAAUACAGAAGUGUUCCGUAUAUUCAUAAUAAGAAAUAAAUCUAAUUACAAAACAUAAAUCUAAGGAAUAUACAUGUAUGUUUAUUUUGUUCGUAAUAUUGGAAGAUAAAAUAUUAAAAGCAAUGGGGUAAUUUCUGCUCGGCCGAUUAUGCAAAUUAGUCCCUGCUUCCAAUGUUUUAUAUCUCCUUAAUGCAAUAAUAAUAAUGAUAAAUAAAUUCAUAUUUAUUUAUUUUUUAAAAAAAAAAGCCCAAGACACUUGUUCUUAAAUAUUGACAAGUUAUGAUAAACCGGAUCAAAAUACAAUACUAUUAGUGAAAUGCAGGCUUGGGAUAAUACUAAACUUUGUAAAACACGAAAUGUUGACAUACAUAGGAGUCCCCCUUUUUCUGUAUACAUUCUGAGCAUAAACAAGUAAGCGGAAUGUUUACCUUUUCGAUGGUUCCUUACCGGUGUUCUAAAUUAAAGAGCCUCAUAAAUCAUCUAUGGCAGAAACCAAUAUAUACGUAACUGUAUGACUGUUAAGACUCGCUAUAGCUCGAUGUCAACAUGUAUUUUCAUUGUAUCAAAUAGCAGUACCGGACAGAUACCAUAUUUUUUUCGUUUCACAGAUGUAUGGGGAUAUGUGCUUGUACAUUACGCAGGCGUGUGUAAUAAUGUAAAAUAAUACUUUUAUUCAAGUUUAUUACGACACGUUUAUGAUGAUGAUAUUAUACAAAAAUAUUUUAUAAAUUUGUAUGUGUUGCAUAAGAUUCAAAGUAUAAACGCCAUCCGCUACUGGUAGAAGUUUCGUCUUUGGUAUUUUUUUCGUCUUUGCACACCAAAGACGAAGAAUUUUAUUGUAGGGUAACACCGGACAUGUUGAACAGAGAAUUACCGAAUUUUCUGGUCGUAAAUUGGCGAUAAAUCAUGCCAAAGCGAAGCAAUUUUACACCCAUUGAAAAUGUUAAAAGGAAGCAUUUUCUCCCAUGAUGACAUUUAACGUUAAUGAUCUUUUAAUUCGUUGUAGGAUUAUUUAUUGAAGUCAGAUCCUAAAUAAUAAUGUAAUAGUGGCUGUGACUGUAUAUAUGUUUCGUGUAAAUCAUAUAUAUAUAUAUAUAUAUAUAUAUAUAUAUAUAUAUAUAUUGCUUAGUAGAAAAUAUUUUUAAAAAACUAGUCGAGUAUACUCUAUUGGCUUUGUGAUAUUCUUUCAAAAGAAGGUAAAGAAAAGAAUUUUUCAUGGAAAUCGCUGUAUAAAGAAGUAUGUAGGUAUUAGAUGGUAGUGUGUUUUCGUUAUUAUCUAUCAUACAAAAUAUCCCUUCUGAAAUAGACAAUUAAUGUUGCAAUUCCUGUCAGAAGACUAAUCUCCCUGACUGUACGGUAACACAGCAUGUAGAGACGCCCAGAUUAUACAGUAUUCCAUUGUACUUAUGGAGAGCACUGUGUCUUCCCAUGGCGUGUGUGGUAUAAUAGACUGUACGUGACAGAUGCUGUGCUGGUCGACAGUGACAACAUACUGAUGUUUCCAGAUCUACAUGUACUCAUAUUCGGACUUUAGUGACACGUUCUUGACAAUAAUCUCACUUUAUUUUCCUUAUUGGAAUGAGGUCCAGUAAAUCAUUAGGAUCUUUUCCGACAGUGUAAAUCAUUCAAGUUUUUUUCUCUCUCUCUCUCGACAGUCUGUCAAACAUCCUCAAUCUGGCGAAGCUAUCAGCUCUGCACCAUUAUCACGAAGUAACUUUUGAAUUCAAAAUACCGAUUCAUAUUAUACUUCAAUGUUUUCUUUGUAUUUUUUUUUCUAAAUUGUAUAUUUACAGAAUAAAGCUAAACACGGGGUUCUUGAUUUGAAGCGGAACAAAUUUGCGUGGCGUCGAUGAGACUCCGUGAAAAAUUAAAAGAUAAUCAUACAAAUGUAUUCAUAUCUUGUCAUUGGUUGACAAAUAUUAUAGAAUAUAUUCCGCUCUGUCUAUUCUUUUUCCAUCCAAACUAGAAAUCCAGUUUGUAGUAUUAUGAAGCAUACACAAAAGGGAUCCUAACUGAAAUUGCCGUCGACAAACAUAGUUACCAGAACAUAGACUUUUAGAUGAUUUCCAUAUACCCAUUAAAUUCCGAUUGACGGAGAUAUCAAAGUUAGAGUUAAUUCAACACUAUAAAUUUCUGCAAAAUUAUAGACCAACUUAGUGUUAUGGAGACCUGGGAUUCGUCAACUUUCACCUUUCUGUGGCUGUUUAAUUUCGUAGAGAUAUAUAAUGUUCUCCAAAAAUAGCUUUCAGGGCAAAUGUGCUUCAGCAUUUCUUUUGUCUUAAAUUGCUUGAAAAGUUCCGCAAGGUAAUAUCUGAAGUUUUAGUUUUGUGAAAUGUAUUCUCAUUUCAUCUAGAAGUUAUAUUUUCAAUCAUUGGAUUUCUAAAUUCAAAAUGAAUAUCCCGAAAUUAGAAUAACCAUCUGAAUAAAGAUAUUGCACGUCAAAUUCUCAUUUCACGUGUCACUUUUACCCCAUGAAGUAGAUCAUGUAUAUUGUAUUACCAGAAACAAGCAUAAACACACACAAAAGUUACUUCAAGUAUUAAUAAGAAUUAGCAGGGUUCUUUUGUUUCAUUUUAUACCAGACAGAGAAAAAAAAUCGCACAAUUGUUAAAUGUUUGCCCUAUAUCAGCAAAUUCUUCGUGAUUCAUAAAAGAUCGUUUAAAAAUAAAGAAAAGCAACACUCUCUUACUGUAAAGACCUAUUUGAAUGCAUUAAAUCUGUUCGAAAAAUUUCUCUGCAAAAUGAUUCAAUAUACACAUUUUAAAAAAAUACGUUGAUGUACAUUUGGUGUUUAACUGCUCUCAAUGAAACCAAUCGGAUUUCUUUUGACAGGUUUAAUCAUACCACUCAGAAAAUACUGAGUACUAUUAUUUCUAUGGGGUUUAUCACUGUUACAAAAAUCUAGUCCAUUUCGCCCUUGACAAAGAAUGUAUUUCGAGAUCUAGAAACUCUAAUCCUUUAUCAACGAAGUUUCAAAUAAAUAUCAAUUCAUGGAGAGAUAAAAAAAAAAAAAAAAAAAAAAAAAAGAAAGAAAGGGAAGAAAGCCUCUGGUAGAUAGGCCUUCAUCAAGACGGUCUGUUUUAUGUAUCAUAUUUAUUCCUCAAUAAUUACCUCAAUCAGGACACAGCAGGGAUAUGUUCACAUUUCCUAUCGCCAUGCAUCAAUCACCAUAUUAAUGAAUUACCCUACUAUAGUUAAUGAUUCGAACAAUAUAUUAUUAAAUCCAAAAAGCUGUUUCAAUCUAAAAAAUAUUAUCACUUUGAAAAAAAAUAAUGCAAAUUGAUCACUUAUAUAAACACUUUAAUUACAUAACUUUCAUGCACUAGUCCUUCAGAAUAUGUACAUUGCAUCAUGUACAUGUUCUUUAUGUGUGGUAUAGGUGUAUGUAUAUGUGUGUGUAUUUUAUUAUUUUUUAAAUCUUGUUCUACUCUGGAUCCCGACUUUGUGUAUUGUUUAUUGUAGAUAUUUGUAAUUCUCUACACCUUUUUAUAUAUAGCUUUAUGGGAAUCAAAUCCUCAACCACUAUUUGCAGGUACUGGUAUGUGCUGUGUAAAUAGCAGCAAAUUUUAAAACUUUUUUCAAACUGUGUUCCAUACAAAUGUAUGCAUCUAAUUAUUGUUAACAUAGUAUUCACGUGUAUAGCUGUAUAUGACUUUUCUUGUCGGUAAGCGAAAUUAGUUUACAAGUGUUUGACUAUUAAGCACGAAUCCGCGUAAAUGUGCCGGUAUUUAAAUUGGUGUAUUAAAGUAUUUGGCAUUUUUUAAAAAGAUGAGUCUACAUUGUAGCAUUGUCAGUAAUUAACCUGUGUUGAAUGAAAUUAAAUCUAUCUAUGAAUCUUGAUGUUUCAUUUAUAUAUUAAUACUGUUCAGAAACACGUUUUCCUUUGAAUUUAUUAAGAUUAUUUUUCAGAUUGUCAGCUGCUUUUAAAAAUUCGUUGUUUUAUACAUAACCAAAUAAAAAUGACACGUUAACAAAUAUUCUGCUAUGACUACCAGUGAAUUUCAUCCUGUGUAAACACAACAGACUUUGUUGAUCACGUUCAUUAUUCGCAGAACCUAAUAUUUAAUCAAAAUUAACGAUUUCAAAAACAUUUAAUGCAUUUUCCACCAAAAAAUAAAAAUAUAUAAUCUUGACCAAAGCCAUAUUCUAAUUCAUCACGACUGCAUGUAUUCAUGGUGUGUCGAUAUUUUCGUGGCGGAAUUGUAAGACCGCAAGCAUUGGGAAUAAAUCUUCAAAAAUGAAAGACUGAAUAUUCAUUACCGGUAUUUGAAAACCACUCUCUCAUGAAUAGAUUAAUUAGGAUUUUCUGAUUGAGACGGUCUUACAUAAUCAAGUAUUUACGCAAUAUAUUAGUCACCCACAUUCAUAAUUUCUUGCAAUGAAUUUCAUUCCACGUUUUUCAUUUCUGAAGUAACCAUAACUGACAUUAUUUCUUGUGCAAUGAAAACUAUUCCCUGCUUUCAUUUCUGAAGAAAUUAAAACUAAUAUAAAACGUAAUCCGUCACAUUUGACCGAGCUAAAAAAAAAUUCUAUCUGCAAAGGAAAAUACAUUUCCCUUGUAUUUUAGGCGCCUUGUUGUGGAUUAUGAGUAGAUGAAAUAAAAUCCUAAUUCGAAUUCAUGCAGAUUACAUUAACAAAAACUAUAUCUGGCGACUGAAACAAACACGAACUUGUAAAAUCGAUAUUCUAUAUAUUUCAUUUCCUUUCUGUAAUAUAGAAACCCAUCUCAUUGAAUGAGUUUAUUUGUCAUAUAAAACACAGUCAUUCAUAAAUCAGUAUAAUUUAGUAAAUUUGGUGCGUAUAUCAGUAUUUUGAAACAUUUAAGUUCCAGUCAGCAAUUGUAACAAAUUUACAAGCAACAACAAUACAUUCCGUCUUCAUACUUUUAUGCAAUGGCUAUUUCAAAAUCUAUAUUCAACAAAAUCAAUUGGCAUUUGAAUUAACUUUUUAAUCAUUACUGCUGUUAAUUGAUGACAUCGAUAGCAUGUACACAAACUCAGAAGAAUUUUGAUAAAAAGUAAGUUAUGAAUAAUAGUUCAUCAUUUAGGAUAUUGUUUUAAGAACAUUAGACUAAGAGAAAUUUUCUAGAGUAUUAAUGCUCCCAAGGUAUUUUAGUUUAUCUCGAAAGGUCAACCCAGAAAACCCAAAAAGGGGGUUAAAGUGGUACGCGUUUAACCACAUUUUAUCAUAUUUAAACAAACCAUUAUCAACCCAUUGGCGCAAAGAUACAUACAAAUGUACAACACCAAUCAUAUCUAAAUUUAACUCGAAAUGAACGUAUUGAGGUUCAAAUAAUUAAAUGAUAAUAAAUAAAUAAUGCUUGGGGAGGGGAGAAUGAGCAUUACUGUUCCACAAGUUUUGGCAUUACCGUAUCACAUGUCCAUGCGUAGUAGUAAAUAUCAUUUACAUUUUUCUCUUAUUAUGGGGUUUUGACUCUUUCUCUGAUGAUAGUAACUGUUCACAAAUUAAUAAAACGAAUCUGGAAUACAUAAUUAACAUAACUGAUACUAAUGUACUUAUACAAAUCACCUAUAUGAUUAACUGUAAUCAUGUGACAACUGUUUUAGAUUUAUUAUCAUCGGGAGAGGAACCUGUAAGUUGUCAGAACUUGUUUCUAGCCCUUUUGUAUAUUUGUUUACUAGUAUACAAUAUGUUCAAAUCAAAAACAUAAGUAGUUUCAUACCGGGUUUCUUUGGUAAUGUAAUAUUUUGUAACUCUCUCUCUCUCUCUCUCUCUCAUGUAUACGUAUUAAUAAAGUUUCACCAUGUCAUCAUUCGUACAAGAAUAUACGUGGAUGUAGUUUCAAUCAAGUACCAUUGCUUUACGAUAUCCGUAUGUAUUUUACUCAAAACAACUUUUACUUCAAAUGUCAUAUGUUUAUUCUUUCACGAAGAAAAUAAAAUAUAUUCUUUCCGUUAUACAUAUACACCCAUACAAACACAAGGAAAUUUCUCAUUUUUUGGUUGUUGUUUUUUUGUUUGUUUUUUUUUUUGUUUUUGGUCAUUUAGAACAUUAAGUUCUUAACAUUAUAUUUUUUGUCAUUAAGAACAUUUAAGUUCUUAACAUUAUAUUUUUUGUCAUUGAGAACAUUCAAGUCAAAGCAUUACAAUGAUUGGUGAUUUGUUUAUAAAAGUAAUAAAUACAACAACAUACCGAUCUAAAACUUUUCAAUUUCAAUCUUGAAUAUUCGUACAAAAACUCCUUCUUCGCUUCUCAUCGAAACAAGAACCUUGUCUAGACGAGAAAUUAGUUAAUGCAUCUCCUAUUUAAUCCACAUAUUUCUAUUUGUUGCCAUGUCCAUCUGCUUGGCUCUCGCACAGAAAGACGCGUGUCUAUCAGACCAAUUUAUCGAUUGGCAUGUUAACAUGAUCUUGAAAUAGAAACAGUAUUGAUUAAGUGACCACUGUUUUUCAAAGGGCUAAUCGUCCACUUAUGUCCGACCCACAGUCGCGAACACAACAAAAAUAAAAUUCUUAAAAAGACUUUCCAGCAAAAUUAACGAUAUUGUGCAAAACACACACAUACAACUCAAAAGAAAAUAUAUGCGUGUUGAAAUUGUUUUGUAGUCAUGGUAUAAUUAGAUUUUCUAAUUGGUUCAUGUAUAAAAUAUUACAAUUUUAAAGUAUCAAAAAAUCAGAAUGCAGUUGGACUUCGACGCGAUUAUUUCAAGUUAUUUUUGUCAGAUUUGAAAAGUUUCUGUUGUUAAAGAUUGAACUGGGAUCCUCCGAUAAUACUUUUCGUCAGUUCCAUUCCUAGUAUCUGUAUUCCUAAUCCAUUAUACAAAAUUUAUCUGUAAAAGUUUUUCAACAUCCAUUAUAUAUGAUAAUUCUGAAAUGCAUUCUUCUUUUACAUAAACAUAAAUUAUAUAUUUUUCGAUGAUGGUAAAUCAAAUAAAAAUAAAAACAAUCAUUUAUAUUUCGUAAAAUAUUUUUAUUUUCAGCGUAUAUUUCAAAACAAAUAUAUUUUAUUUGUCUGUCAAAACGAGCAUAUUAUUUAGGUGCAAAUCGAACAAAUACAAUGCACAUAGUGUUCCAUAAUAGUUCCUAAUAUUACUUCUCUAAAUACACCAAAACAAUUACCUGUUCAGUUGGAGAGACAAUACACUACCCCUUUUCUAUUGAUUUUUCGUCAUUCAAAUUAUCUUGUACAGAACACAUGUGCAUUUUGUGCCUCAGUAUUAAUAAAAAUAUAUAUAUAUAUAUACUUACAGUGAAACGAUCAGUAAGGCGAUAUGAUCGCUACAUAAACAGACAUAUUGUUAAUUUCAAAUUGCACACACAGUAACGCUCACACGAUAAAAUUAUCCCUGACCGAUGAUUUCACCCGCAUUACAAGUGGUGAGGCCUGCUAGCGCCCAGUUUUCAGAUCGCGUUUUAGUACAAAAACUCUCAACUUUCAAUUACAAACGACAGUGCCGGCAACUUAAUACUCUCCAUUGAUUUAAAGAGAUCAGAUCCGCUGCGGCGUUGUCCAUCAUGAAUAACCCAUACAACACUCCACGUGAUUGUAAUAUAAAUAAACAGUUUCUAGAUCCCCAAAGUAUAUAGAUUAUAAGUAAAAUGAGGUCAACAUUGAAUGAUGGUGUUUGCGAUAGUUAUGCCUUGCAGAAAUCCGAAUGCGCUACCUCCAUUAAAACACAAAAAUCCUAAACAUAAAUUCGGACUAAAUGAAUCGUUAAAAAUACGACCACAUGCGUCCCAAUUUGAUUUGCAGAGUACGUGCGUUCCAGCGAAAGCAGUUUUCCUCCAACACUGGUAUUUGUUUACCGGGGAACACAGAAACACGUAUGUAAAAUGAAAACAGAUAGAUGUGUCCACGGGGGAUUUACCGUCAGCCAAUCAAAUUGCUGCUAACAUUCUUGGCGAGAGACAACCCCGUACCAACAAUAAUUCAAUGUGCCUUGCUUAGUAAACCGCGUCGAAUGUGUAUGAUAAAAUCGUUAUCGCUCUGUACAGGCGCAGUUUAUGCAGACGGUGGAAAACACUUGGUGGAUUUUACAUUUUAGGAUUCUUAGAAAGAAGAUAGCAUGCACUGCUUCAGUUCAGGAUAAAGAUUUGGGAAAAUAUGAAUACCAGUUUCCCGAAGGCUACUAAUAUUGUCUAUUGGAUUCAAUCAUGGACGCUCCUGUAGAUUUUUCACUGGAUAGAGCACGGAUAUUAAAUGGGAAUAUUACUUCAUAUAAUGGGAGCAAUUACAGUGAAUCUGGGAGAUCGGCGUCCGUGGGAGGCGGAGGGUGUGUUCAGGACCUCAGUCGAGGGUCUACGACCCCCUCCACCUCCAGCGACUUCCAUAGAUUCUUUCAUCCCGCAGGGAUCGCAUUAGCUGCCCAAGGUGCGUCAACUUAUCCCAUGAUGCACAGCUACUUGGCGGGAGGCAACGCGACAAUUCCUGAUCACCUCAAGAGUCUGCUUCCGGAGUACUACGCAUCUCAUCCUGAAGGAUUGUCCCGGUACAUGUUCCCCGGGCCAGGUUUCCUCCCCCCUUACCUCCCGUCCUAUAUGUCGGCUACUGAUUCCCUGUCCCUCUUUGCACACUCCGCGGGAUCGUCGCCGUAUCACAGAAUUUAUGAUCUUCAUAAAGAAGCAGCUCUUUAUCAUGGAGCCGCUCGAUCUGGAUUGUACAGUCCCCCUUCCUCAUCGUCAUCAUCAACAGCCUCUGGAAGAUUAUCUUCAGAUUACACAUUAAAUGCGUCUAAACGAGAUUCAAAGUCUGCAGAUUCUAAGCGCUCUCUGGAUCUUAAUAAACAUUAUUCUCGCAGUGAGGAUUCAAAUGCAUCAAAAGCUAAGGGUUCCAGAGACUCUGACAAAAAGGAUGAACGGACGAACAAACGCCCAUGCGAAGUGUCACCAACUAGAAGCAAAAAAGCAAAAAUUGUCAAAGCUUCGGAGCAUGAUAGCAAGAAACAGGAGAAAGACAGUCCGAAAGAGAAUCUGUCGACACUGGCUGUGGAAUCCAACGUUUUGGAUCAGACAAGUGGUGAGAUUAAAGUGGCCAUUGAUGAGUGCAAGAAAGUUGACAAAGAUGGUGUUUUAGUGGAUCUAUCUAUUAAAAUUCCAAAAUCGGAGAUAAUAUCUCCAAAGUCUAUGAAAGCUAGUCCAACCACUCCUGCUGUUUCCACAGAGGGAAAAUCCUCACCGAAUUCCAGUAAAGAUGCUAAAUCGCUGGAAGACCACACUACGAUGACCACCAAGACUACGAUUACGUUCUCAAUGCCCUACUACCACUCAAUUUACUCUCAUUCACAACCGGAAGGGACCACGGACGGCAAGAAAGUACAUGCGCCGACUUUUACACCGGAAAUUGUUACCUUACCUAGUGUGGUUCCCAUUUCAUCCCUUCCUGUACAAACAAUAGCAUGUGAUAUGAGAAUCAAGAAGGAAAAAACUUCCUCCUCAUAUUCAUGCUGUAAUCAGUCGUCUGUCCUGACGCAGAACACGACUGCAACAUGUCACAUUAGUCCAAAGGCUCAGAAAAGUAACGCUUCCUCAAAACAGAACGAGUCUCAUGAACAAUUAAAAAAUGAGAGUAAUAAACGGAAAGGGAAAGACAAAUCGACAUCUGGAAAAGACAGUUCAAUAGAAAUUGACAGUGACAAGUAUUCAAAGAAGACAUUAGAUUCAUGUCAAAGCAAUGUUAUGCAAAGUUCAAAAAACUCAAGUAAAGGCAAAUCGAAUAACAGUUCUAAGACACAAUUGAACGAAAAUAAUAAAACAGUGUCAAGUGAAAUUGUCACAGAUUUAACAAAGAAAACAAAGAGUCAACCAUCAGAACAACUCUGUGAAAAAUCGGUUGUAAAGCCUAAAACCAAAUCAACUUCUACAAAUGUGUCAUCAAAGGAACAAAACAGAGAAAUCCCGGCUUCGAGUCAAUCUCAAUCCAAUACUGAAAAAGAAGCAGACGACCAGACAGAAAAGAGUGAUUCUUCGGCUGUUAACUUAGUCAAGGAGAAAUCUACAAUUCUUGAAACGAGCGUGACAAAAGCGGAACAACAGAUUGCAGAUAAUAAUGCACCAGAUAACGGAUCUUCCGAUGUUUCUUCAAAAAAGAAGGCUGGGAAACAAUCAGGAAAAAGGCAGGGUGGAAAACUGAAAUCAAGUCUGGAAGAUGGAACAGGAAUGAAUAACAUACCGAUUGGAAUAGCAGUGGCACAGAAACGGGAAGAUAAAAAGACUGACAAAACAGAUACAUUAGCUGGAGCAAGUUUUAGUAAUGGUACACCUAACGAGCCAGCGACACGUAACCAUGGAGAAUGUGUACAAGUGGUAUCUAACCAACGGACAUUGUCGAAAUCUACCACCCCAAGUACCUCAAUUGCUGACAUGCGUAAUCAGCUUCCGGCAAAUUUAAUUGUAACAGGUUCCGCAAAUGGUACGGGAAUAGCUUGGGCAGAUGACCCAUCCGCGAGACAUUUUUCACCACCAUGGAUUCAGUCCGGGCAUUCCACAAUCGGCCAGUCACCAUGGCUCUCACAACUUCCGGCCUUCAACCUCAGCACCAAUAUUCCUACAUCAACAACUUCGAUUGAAGGAAAUCAGCUUCCCUUGACCAUUCCACCUGGAUACAAAUUGAUACAAGAUUCUGUUGGACAACUCUUACUGAUACCUUCCACAAAUAUUGACAUGUAUGAUCCACAUCGACUAUGGGCUUUUCCUGGAACACAUACGCCACAGAUUCAACAAAUAUUUACCGCCCAGCAAGCACCUCUUCAACAUCAAGUUAUUGGUAGCACCUCGGACCGUCCAUCCACUGAUUACACUCUUGGAGUGUCAUAUCCUCAAACGUUCCAGUCUCUGUACCAGUCACGUGGUGAUCAAAUGAUAGACAAGAAAAGCGUUCAAAUUUUGCAGCCAAAGGUGAUCACUGAUCAAGAGGUCUUGGAAAAAGAUGCUCCUAAAGUAAAGGAGGAAGUAUCCUCCAAAGUGGACAUAAUGAAGGAAAAACUAGACAAAGAAGAAGUACCUGCUGCUAAAGUACUGCCCACUUCAAAUCAAGUAACGUUUCCGCCAGCUUUCAACGCAGCAGUUGUAACUGACGUGCCGUGUACCGUAAGUGUGGUGCAGGCUGUCAAAGCGGUGACGUCAUUAGUCCAGUCACGUGGCACUUCACCCAUGAUUCCUGGGAGUGAAUGCGAGGACACGCCUCAGGACAGGAUAGAAAAUGUGCACCAAAAUAAUGAACUGUCUUCUGCUGAUGCCCCAAGUAAAUGCUCCAGAGGGGUUGCAGCUGUACAAACAGAAAGUAUUCAAAAAAUAAAUGAAAGUGACGCUAACAGUAAAACUGAAAAACAGGAUUCACUAAAUACUUCUACUGAAGAGAAUCCCGGUAAUCAGUGUGCCAAACUUUCUCUUCCGACCACAACGGUCAUCGGAGAUGUGACGAUUGUUGAAAUGACACCUGACACUAAAUUACAGUCGCCUGAAAUCGCAUCAAAUAUUGAUCAACAUAAAACAGAGACACAUUCUGAGUUAAUGCCGGGAAAAUCUGAACAAGAUAUCGGUAAUUACAAUCCUUUUUUAGAUCCCCAGAUUCUUCAAGCAGCAGAUGGAUUAGAACUUUUAAGUGCCUUGGCUGAACAACGGACAAAGUUUGCCUCCCCUGAAAAAGAAACUCAAGCGGACCAGAAUGUUGCAAAAGAUCAAACAGAAUCCAAAACACAUACCAAAACAAACACAAAAGACACCAGUAAAACAAAAAGUGUUGAAAAGAAGGAAUCGAAACCAGCAGUAAAACAAGUGCGAAAGAAGUCAAUCAGCAGGACACGAUCCCUUCCACCUGCUAAGCCAGACUGUAAAACCGAAGGAGGGAGUUAUUACACAUCUUCUGGUCUUCGUAUCCCUCAAGAUCUGGGUUCUUUUCUUGAAAUAGGAGACGACGAAAUUAACGCCAUAGAGCUAGAUAUGAGAAUUCGUCUAGCAGAACUUCAAAGGCUAUACAAAGAGAAACAAAAGUUGUAUGCAAAACUGCAACCAAAGAAAGGCGACAAGGAAAAGGAUCGGCUUGAUGACAAACAACGAGGGCCGGGCAGACCGAGAAAGAGACGACAUAAUUCUGGCUCUCCCCAGGACAACGCCAAUUCUAGUGAUAAGGUCAAAGGAAAAGAACCACCAGUGAAGAAGAAGAAACAAGCGGAAGAGCUCGUGGACAGGGUGUUUAGGAAAACAGGUGGUGGGUUUGGUAUGCCACUUAGUAAAAAGCUGAAGGCCAAUGCCAUGGCAGCACUUUUUAAGACUCAAUCUGGCUUUACGAUGAAACGGAAAGGCAGCACAUCUGGUAGUCACGCCAGCGAGAAGCAAGAGAAACAUUUUCACUUUGGGGAAACUGGAUUUGCAUCAUCUUCAGAAAAACCAUUAGACUUCAAAGUAAAAAGAAAACACGCCAAAUCUGAGGAAUCCAAACUCAAGUCUACAAAAAAAUCAUUUCAAAAACAUAACUUAUUUGGUUCUGCAAUGAAAAUGUUUAAGAAGAUAAAAAAAUCAAGUUCACACUCCCAUGAAAAAGAUAAGCACAAACACAAGUACCAGGAUGGAUUAUCAAUGCUUGCAAACUAUGCCGUCUGUCACCAACGAGAUCAUGAGAGAUCCUCUUUCCGUGAUUUUCGUGAUUCGUCUUACAAGAAAGAAAAGGAUAAGAAAAAGCGCGAAGAAAGGCAUGAAGAUAGGACUGAGAUCAGACAUGAUGAUAAUGAACGAUAUAUCGAUAAACACGAGGAAGAUGGCAAUGAAAGAGUGGAGGAUCGUUUAAACCUCUGUAAGAACGAGAAUGAUGAUAUUCCAAGUGUAUUGGAGAACAAAACAACUGUAGAUUUUGAGUCGUUGUCUGCACUUACUAAACCGCAUGAGUCUACUAACACUGACCCCAAAGAUUCAGAGAAAACAAGCAACAAUGAAAAUCCCCCAAACAGUGGUAAUAAAAAGAGAAAACCCGGGAGACCUAGAAAAUGCACCCAAGAUCAGUCGGAAAACGGCACGGAAACUAUUGUUGCCAAAACAGCCAAGAAUUUUAGACUCUACCAGCUUCAGAAUUUUCACGAGCAGGAAAAAGACAAAGAGAGAAAAAUAAAGUUGGAUAGCCAGGAAACAAUGAAACCCAUAUAUUUGGAUGAAGAGUGGCUUCGGAGGCGUAGUGAGCGUAUCUUUUUGAGUGAUCCGAGUCCACAACCAUCACCCAACUAUACAUCAUCAACACAGCAGCAGAUUAAAUCAGCGAGUCAACAGCAGAUGACAUCUAAAGCGCCAAAAGUGGCGAAACCUCUCUGCAAUCAAGCAAAAUUACAGAAAGCUAAAAGUAUUAAAGAGUUGACUGACAAAGUCAAGAAAAAGUACUCGAGGACUUUUCAGAAGAACACAGACAAGUCAGAAAGGAGGCCACCACACAAAAAGCAGCCCAAAUCAAAGGCUUUUAUCGACUCUGACAGUAGUAGUGAAAGCGAGAGUGACGCAGACAACAUACCGCUCAGCAUGCUCCGGGAUCGCCCACAUACUCCAGAACCCAGGACGUGUACUAUUGACAAGGAUGGAUUGGUGGAUGGAUUAAGAGUCCUAGUUUUCAAAGACGGAUUGUUCUAUGAAGGAGCCGUGAAAGCCAUCCGGCCACCUGAUGUUUAUGGUGUUGUGGUGGACAAUGCACGUGGAAACCGUCCUUAUAUUUACUCGCAAGAGGAAAUGCUAAAGGAAGUGAUUCUGGACGUAAGACCACAGUCUUCUAAGGUUCUGAAAGAAGGAACAAGAAUAUGUGCCUACUGGAGUCAACAGUUUAGCUGUCUUUACCCCGGAACAAUUGCAAAAGCUAGUCCCAAUCCUCAUUCCGAUAAAUCCAGCAUUAACGUCGAGUUUGAUGAUGGUGAUUCUGGGAGAAUUCCACUCGAUCACAUCAGAAUGCUGCCACGUGAUUUCCCUGUGGUCUCAUAUGAUCCUAACCCACUACUGUUGAUCGGUAAACGAAGAAGACAUACUACCUCUGAUAGUGUUGAUUCUACCACCAAAAGAUCAGAGAGAUCCGAAAGCACCGAGUCGAAACCAGCACAAAAACGAGGACCCGGCAGACCGCCGAAACCAAAACCUGACAGAAAAGAUGAAGAGGACUGUGAUAUCGAUGUGUGUGGACUUGAUGACGACAUCAAUGAUGUGUUCACGUCGUCUGCUAACAGCAAUCAAAAGAGUGAUUCUCAAUCAAAAAACAGUUGUGACGAUCGAAAAAUUGACAAAAACAAAUCGGAGAAAUCCAAGAAAGAAAAAUCAAAGGAUUCAGCAAAAAAUGAUAAAGAACAAGGUAAAAAUAAGUUUUAUCACAAUCUGGGAAAUUUGAGGAAAGUGUCUUCUCUUGGUAAAAGACCACUUAACAAGUCCACUCACCCUUCUUUGCCUCGAGGCGACGGAUCUGAUGUAAAAAUGGAACACUGUGCGCAUUCCCAAGAUGCAAAUACUUUCAAUGACACAGAAAGGGCUAGAACUCUUUCUACUCCAAUCCACAACAUGAAUAGAUCUUGUACAAUUGUACCAAAGACGGCAGCGAUUUUACCGGGUCGACAACUUUGGGAAUGGUCCGGGAAAAGUACCAAAAGACCUGGGAUGAAAGGGAAGGCAAAGAAGGAAUUUUAUCGGUCUAUUGUUAGAGACAAGGAACAUAUAUCUGUUGGUGAUUGCGCUGUGUUCCUAUCCACUGGUCGUCCCCAUCUGCCCUAUGUAGGUAGAAUAGACAGUAUGUGGGAGGCGUGGGGAGGUCAAAUGGUGGUCAAAGUCAAGUGGUUCUAUCAUCCAGAAGAAACCAGAGGAGGAAAGAAACUACAUGAUAUGAAGGGAGCUUUGUUUCAGUCGCCACAUAUUGAUGAAAAUGACGUUCAAACAAUAUCUCACAAAUGUGAAAUGUUAUCUUAUACGGAAUACAAGAAAACACAGAGGCCUGAUUCUCACGUUACACGAGAAACAGACGUGUAUUAUUUGGCGGGAACUUAUGAGCCGACGAUUGGACUACUGAAAUUUGAGAAAGAUGUGAUGUGAUUUACAUACUGUGUUUAUUAAAAAAAAUGUUCUUGCGUAUAUAUCGCAGAAAAUGUUGUUGAAACAUUGUAAAAAAAAAAUUGUUACUGUAUUUGUAGUUGUUCAUCUGUGAUACUUUUUUAUGUUCAUGAAAAUAUGUGGAAAGAGACGAAAAUUUGAUUUUCAGAGAAAUAAAACAAGAUAAGUUUGAAGACCAAAGGUAUUUUAAUACAAAUAUCCGACGGAUUUUUAUAUGAAGUAUCAUAAACAAUUACAUUUGUUACAAUUAUCUGUUAGUAUACAAGCUCUUUGUAAACUUAUUCCAUCCUUUAACAUUUCAAUUUGUUAUUAUAUGUAUUUGAAAAUUUAUUUUAACGGCUUUUAAUGCAUAUUUUGAAGUUUGCAUUUUUACUAUUUGCAUUUAUUAUUCCAUGUAUGUUACUUCAAAAUGUGUAAUAGUAAUAAUGAAGUGCUAUGUUCUUACUGAAGUGCUACAAAGCAGAAUAAGGUUGAAAAUGUUAUCAAUUUUACUACUGUUUACCAUUGUGUAUGAUAAGGCUGAGAGGUGCUUCGGAUACAGUAAUUUUCAAUUUUAUAUCUAUAAUGCAGUGAUUUUGAAAUGGAUCAUUCAUUUAUUAAAGUAUUUCGCGUUUUAUGUUUAUAUAUAUAUCAACGACGCAAAGAAAUUAUCUUAACUUUUUUUGUUGUUUUUGUUUUCAUCCAUAUUCCAAAUCAUUGUGGCUUAUUUCUUUAGUGUUCCUUUCUAAAUCAUAGUUUCUCUCGCAGCUACUACAAUUGUUACGCUGACAAGGAUCCGUGUAAUAAUAUUAUAUACACUGCAUACAUAUAAGUGCAAUAGCAAUGCUUUUAAGAAAUGUUUACUUGAUAUAAUGUGUUUGCACGCUGAGUCUUUCAUGAAUGUUGGAUUCAAGCCUCAUAUCAAUAUCCAUGUGUUUGAGUAAACAACAAAAAUUCUAUAAAUGAUAAGCAAUGCCCGUAUAGCUCACAAGGAAAGAAUUUAUUGAUGGGUAGCUUUAUUGCUUCAAAAUUCCAUUUAUUGGAGUGGAUUUUGAGUUGAGGCUUGAAAAUAAAAUACUUGUUGAUAUACAGUGGUUGUUAACUGUGUUGAAGAUAUAGGAAUGAGUAUCGUCAAGAGAGGAGUGGUAUUUUUUUUUUUUUUUUUUUUUUUUGUGCGAUAGGUAAGACUGAACGAGUGUGAACGAGAGAUGGCUUACAAGAAGAAGAGUGAAUCUCUUUAAAAAUCUUAUAUUUUUAACUGCAGUCAGACAGUGUCUCAAUAAAUAAACUACAGCACGUG